UAAACAGAAUGAGGAAUUAAAGCAACAGAAGUCGGAGCUACAGGAAAAAUUGCAGUCAUAUGCAAUAGAAAACAGAUCGCUGCGCAGCUCAGUGGAAGAUUUACAGAAGCGUUUAGAGAUGGCAGAACUCUAUGCACAUCAGCUGUCUAGCGAGAAUGAAAGUUCUCAAGGUAGUGUACAAGUGCUGACCAACUUACAGAAAGAGAAGGAUCUGCUUUUAGACCGCUUGCGCCAGCAUGAAGAACUGAAUCAGAAGCUUCAGCUGGAGAGGGACCAGGUCACAGAGCAAUACCAGCAGUAUACAGAUCAGUUGCGGCACCAGUCUCAGCAGCUUACCCAGCAGAUUACAGUGUUAACAGAAGAGAGAGAAGAACUGCUAAACAGGCAACAUGAUCUUGAAGGGGCUGUUAUAGAAUUGCAAAAGAAAUUAGAAGAUGUUGGGAAUGCUUCCUAUACAACCGCCCCACCAGUGCAAACAGCAGCUUCACCUGAGUUAGUACAGGAAAUUGAUAAACUAAGGACUAGUGUGAAAGAGGCUGCAGAUGCAUUAGAGGCUCAGGUUAGGGAUAACCUACAGCUGAGCAGGCUGCUGGAAGAGAAAGAAGAGAGGAUCUCAUCACUUGAGCGUUCCCUGGAAGAGCUGAGAGAGCAGACAAGUGACAAAGCCCUGCUGCUGGAGUCCAUCCAGAGUGACAAGACUGCACUCAGCAGGGCCCUGACACAGAACAAGGAGCUGAAGUUACAGCUGGCAGAGCUGCAGCAAGGUUUUGUGAAGAUGAGUAAUGAUAACAUGGAGCUGGUCACAAGACUGUCAACAGAACAGCAUUCCUCCAAUGAGCUGACCACGAAGCUGACACAGCAGGAGGAUGAGCUUCUGCAGUUAAGGGAAACGUUGACCAAGAAAGCAAACGAAAUCUCUGAGUUAACAAGAGUGACCAAGUCAGUGGAAAAGGAGAUGUACCAACAGGAUCAGAUGAAAGAUAGACUAAGGCAUUACGAGGCGCAGGCACAGCUGGUGGACACAUUGCAAAAUGAGUUGACGGCAGCUCAGGACAUGAUGGAGGCACUGACGACACAGAACAGUGAACUCAGAACCAUGCUGAUCAAGGCAACAGAGGUGAAGUCAGUAUCUGAUUCUGAUGCAGAUGGUGAGAAGAUCAAUCCAAGGGAUGAGAUUAUUAAGUCACUGCAAGACACAAUCAAACAGUUGGAGAUUGAAAGAGGACAGCUGUAUGAAAGUCUGAAGGAGCAGAGACAUCUUUCUGAUAAUCUGGGAAUAAAGAUUGCUGAUUUGAAUGAGGAAGUUAUCAGAAAAACUUCUGACUACCAAGACACUGACAGGAUAAGCCGGUCUGAGUACAAUGAACUAAAGACUGCCAUGGAGAUGAUUCAACAGAAAUAUAUGCAUGUGAUGAAAGACAAGGCUGACCUCUCGGACAAGGCUGACCAGUUGGAACAUUUAGUGCUGCAGUUACAAGGAGAGACUGACACUAUAGGGGAGUACAUAUCUUUAUACCAUCACCAGAGAGCCUUACUUCAACAGAGAGAGUCACAGAAAAACGACUACAUCGCCCAGUUAGCCAGGGAUAGAGAACAGCUGCAGGACAAACUAGGCGAGCUGCAGGCAUUAGUCAUGCAGCUUCUCGGAGAAAGAAACAUGUUGCACAGUUAUAAUGUGGAGAGUCGCCAGUCUCCGCCACUCCAACAGCAGCAGCAACAGCAGCAACAGAUCAAUAAUGGACCGGUCAGUUCAUACGAGAAUGACUGGCCUGACUACACCAGCUCAGAAAGUGACACAGACAGCGAGGUGGAACCAAUAGUUGGUGGCCAGGGGGCCGCAGCUGUCACAGACUCUGAGGUAACCCCACAGCCAUCACCUCCUGGCUCACCACAGACUCGAACUUCCAGGAGUGAAACAUAUUCUCAGGAAGACGGGGAAGAGGCCGAGAACCACCCGCCACAUCCUCAUCACCACCAUCACCACAACCACCACCACCACCAUCGCCACCACCAUCACCCUGACCAGCCUUUUAGGCCACCUCCUGAAGGAGAUAAGACAGCUCACAAAAUCCUGACACUUCUCACAGAACUGGGACACUCCCACCUGGUGGAGCAGGUGCCGCUGAUUGACCGGAAUUUUCUUCCAUGCAAAUUUUGUACAGGAGCUGUGCAAAUUGUUUAG